CUAAUCAGUAGAGAGGAGCUCUGAGGAGCUGUAAAGAAUGGAAGACUGUACAAAAGGGUAGAAAAGGGAGAGAGAUAAAGAAAGAGUGCAUUGUUUCAGGCAAGGUUACCUUCUUAGAGGGGACGGAAGGGGUCUACUGGGUGGAUUACAGUGCUGACCAGGUAAUUCUAGACCGGUUAAAGAUUACAUUCCUGGGAGAGCUAAAACUUCUAUCAGGCUAGGUGCUGAGUCUUGGUUUGCUCAAGCGACUCCAUCUGGGGCCUGUAGCGUCUUUUUUAACAAAAUAAAUUCCCAGAGGAAAUAUAAUGCAAACAAGAGAAUGCAGACAAAAGAAAGAGCAAAUCCUUCAGUUGCCUCAGACUAGCCUGGAGGGCUGGUUAAAACAGCCUGCUGGGCUCAUCCCUAGAGUGAAUGAUUUGGCAAGUCUGGGGUGGGGCCAACAAUCAUUUGCAUUUUUAACUUGUUCCGAGACCUUGGCUAAAGCUAAGUGUUGGGAACCACACUCUGAGAACACUGAUCAAAACCAGAGACAGGGAAAAAUAGUCUUGAACAAGAAAAGGAGGUAAAUUGAGAACAGAUGAAACUGCAGAGGUGUUUGUUGGUGGGACCUAGGCAAGAAACUGCUCCUUUUUUCUGACUGAAGUAGGAGGCGGAAUCCUCGGCCAAAAAAGCAAAAGGAUUGCAGCGCAAAGAAGAACUUCAAGAAAUUCAGAUAUGUGAAGUUGAUCUCCAUGGAAACCCCGUCAUCCUCUGAUGACAGUUGUGACAGCUUUGCUUCUGAUAAUUUUGCAAACACAAAACCUAAAUUCAGGUCAGAUAUCAGUGAAGAACUGGCAAAUGUUUUUUAUGAGGACUCUGAUAAUGAAUCUUUCUGCGGCUUUUCAGAAAGUGAGGUGCAAGAUGUGUUAGACCAUUGUGGAUUUUUACAGAAACCAAGGCCAGAUGUCACUAACGAACUGGCCAGUAUUUUUCAUGCCGACUCUGAUGAUGAAUCGUUUUGCGGUUUCUCAGAGAGUGAGAUACAGGAUGGAAUGAGGCUGCAGGCCAACCGGGAGGGCUGUCGGACCCGCAGUCAAUGCACGCGGUCUGGACCUCUCCGCGUGGCCAUGAAGUUUCCCACUCGAAGCACCAGGGGGGCAGCCAGCAAAAGGACAGUGCCUCCUGAACCCCCAGAGAAUUCUGUGACUGAUUCCAAUUCUGACUCGGAAGAUGAAAGUGGCAUGAAUUUCUUGGAGAAAAGGGCUUUAAAUAUAAAGCAAAACAAAGCAAUGCUUGCAAAACUCAUGUCAGAAUUAGAAAGCUUCCCUGGCUCCUUCCCUGGAAGGCGUUCCCUGCCAGGCCCCAGUUCACGUCCAAAGACCCCCAGGAGGCGCACAUUUCCAGGUGUCGCCUGCAGGAGAAACCCUGAGCGGAGAGCUCGUCCGCUCACAAGGUCUAGGUCCCGGGUCCUUGGGUCACUCAGGGACCUGCCCACAGAGGAGGAGGAGGAGGAGGAAGAGGAAGACAAGUACAUGUUGGUGAGGAAGAGGAAGUCCAUGGUUGGCUACAUGAAUGAAGAUGACAUGCCCCGAAGUCGUCGCCCCGGACCCAUGACCCUUCCCCAUGUUGUUCGCCCGGUGGACGAAAUCACGGAGGAAGAGUUGGAGAACAUCUGCAACAACUCCCGAGAGAAGAUCUAUAACCGUUCAUUGGGGUCAACUUGUCAUCAGUGCCGCCAGAAAACUAUCGAUACCAAGACAAACUGCAGAAACCCAGAGUGCUGGGGUGUUCGAGGCCAAUUCUGUGGUCCCUGCCUUCGAAACCGUUAUGGUGAAGAAGUCAGGGAUGCUCUGCUUGACCCAAACUGGCACUGCCCACCAUGUCGCGGGAUCUGCAACUGCAGCUUCUGUCGGCAGCGAGAUGGGCGCUGUGCGACUGGGGUGCUCGUGUACUUAGCCAAGUACCAUGGCUUUGGGAACGUGCAUGCUUACUUGAAAAGUCUAAAACAGGAGUUUGAAAUGCAAGGAUAAUAAUUGGAAGAUCCACUACCUGCCUUCCGCUUCACAAAUCUUCCUUGUUAAAGUCUUCAGUUUUGUCAUGUAAUUGAAACCCGGGUUAAGAAUUCUGAGGCUCGGUCUGUCUUAGAGGCAAAUCAAGUUGUUCCCAUUAAAUGCGCAUGUGUGUCUGGGCAUCACAGAAGUGUAGUGCCAGCUGUACUCUGCCCUCCUGCAGUUUCUCCUUUGCUUUUCUGCCCACCCCUCGCCCCAUGCCGUCCUCUUAUUUCCAGUGAUUCUCCUCCAUCAUUUAGUUUGGGAAUCCUUUUUGAACGAAGUUUUAUGAAAGCAUGUUGGAUUUAAUUGGCAUUGAAAAUAGCCCUGGAAUCCACGCAUAAAACCAAGCACUUAGAAACACAGUAGUAGUAUUAACUACCUCUAUCCAAUUUCAGAGACUGUCCCUGUAACUUGCUCACAUGUAAACACUGGGUCUGAUAUAGUGUUUGUCAACCUUUUUAGCAGAAUCAUGGCACAAAAGUUGUAAGACCGUGUGGAAAAAUUAGGUGAUUGUUGGCAAGUAGAGCAUAUGACUGUGGAGGCUUCUGAGGAUAAUAUUUCAUGUAUUUUGCUUGUCACAGUUGAGACUUAGUUGGUGCUGAUUUCCCCUGCCAUGUGCAUCUGGCCCACACGGUCACAAUAUGAAGGUUCGAGGACAGUACUAAGCUUGAAAUCAUUGUAGAAAAGCCAUCCUAGGAAAUUGAGAUGGGGAGGCUUCGGGAGUAGGCCAAUCUUUGAAUUCAUGGAAUAAAACCUCAGGAUAAUUGAGUUUGCCAAGUUUAUUUCAGUUCAUAACAUCAGGUGUUUCAAAUAAAUUCUUGGUUAUUUUGCAUGGAAAAUUGAUACUUAAACUCAGCUACAAUCCUUCGCAGUUUUUGCUUUCUUGAAGAAAUUAUAAGCCAGGCAUAGAGGAUUCAUGUUCAGGUUUGAAGCACUUUUAAAACUGAGAAGUGUCUUUUUCGGAGAGGGGUGACUGUCACCAGUUUGCGAACUUGCCAUCUCUGCCAGCUUAGUUUCUGGGCAGAGUCGUGUGUUGUCUCUCCCUGGCCCUGUUUUGGCACGAAUCAAACCUUUCGUAGAGGUAGACUCAGAGUGCGUGUGUGUGCAUUUUGCUUUGCAUCUGCAGCCUGUAGCUCUGCCGGUUCGGUUUGGUGUUUGGUGCAUAAUUGGACCUUGAAUCAAUACAUGUAAAUAGAACUUUUGAUCUGUUACACUUUUAUACAAAGUUUUUUUAUUUUAAUAAUAAAACAUUUUGUUUUA